UGCGUGGCACAGGCAGUGAUGUGGCGUGCAGGCCGUGGAUUACUGCCCAGCAGCUUUGCUUGGCGGCCUGGUCGAGUGCUGUGAUUUCAGCUGUGGUCACAGCUGUGGUCACCAUGAGCCUCCUGACCAACCCACCUCCCCCGUUUGCUGCAGACUCUGUGCAGGACACCGGGGUUGGAAAGUCGAGCAUUGUGUGUCGCUUUGUCCAGGACCAUUUUGACCACAACAUCAGCCCGACCAUUGGGGCCUCUUUCAUGACCAAAACCGUGCCUUGUGGAAAUGAGCUUCACAAGUUCCUCAUCUGGGACACGGCUGGGCAGGAGCGGUUUCACUCGCUGGCUCCCAUGUACUAUCGAGGAUCUGCUGCGGCCGUCAUAGUCUACGACAUCACCAAACAGGAUUCAUUUCAUACCUUGAAGAAAUGGGUCAAAGAACUGAAAGAACAUGGCCCAGAGAAUAUCGUAAUGGCCAUUGCUGGGAACAAGUGUGAUCUCUCCGAUAUUAGGGAGGUUCCCCUGAAGGACGCCAAGGACUAUGCCGAAUCCAUAGGCGCCAUCGUGGUGGAGACAAGUGCCAAGAACGCCAUUAACAUCGAGGAGCUCUUUCAAGGGAUCAGUCGCCAGAUCCCGCCCUUGGACCCCCAUGAGAAGGGCAACAACGGAGUGAUCUGCAUGCACGGCGGGAAGCCACCCUCACAGGCCCAUCGGUGCUGCUGACCGGACCGGGCGCUCAGGGCGCUGCUGCCACAGGAACCACGCCUGCGCUCUGGAAGGGAGGUGCAGGCCUUGCUCCUGAGGCUGCAGGGAGCCAGCAGGACAUGUCCCUGAAAGGGAGUGAGAAAGCUGGGGAAGCCUCACAGCUACAGCGGCCCUUUGGUGCACCAGACGCCAGCACAGUUGUGCUUGCUGGGUAACAGGUGCAGUUGCGUUUUCUGCUAGAAGCAUUAGAACACUGUUGGAUUUGUCCACGAGUCUUAAGUACUGUCCUCCGAGUCCUGGGUCACCUGGCCAGCUUCCAGGAACUUCUCUGUCGUGCCUACCUUACCUGACUGGCCUUCACCAAAAGGUGAAUUUAAUAUAGAAGAUUAGAUUUCUGCUGGCUUGGGAUAAGCCUUUAUUUAUUACUGUUCUGAGGGAAGCCAGAGAAGCAUAACUGGGCCACCAUUCAAGCUAAGGUUUGAGCUGCUACAGAAGAGGAGAAAAAAUGUCUGAAAAUGUGGCAGCCACCUCCCUUUCAACUCAAUUGGUGAUCACUUUUUUAAGUUUUGGUCAGAUAUAAACAAACGGAUUUAAUCAUACCACAAUUGUACAUACAACUCUGGGAUCCAGAGACCCAGUUUGAAAGUGCUGGCUAAAUCUUUACUAUGUAGGCAGGGCUAGCUGGAGCAUACAAACGUUCAGAGGGUCACCAUGCACACAUCACCUGGCUGGUAAUAGACUCCUGCUCUUUUAGGGGUGCUCAAUAUUAUUUCCUAAGAACAUGCCAUGGUGUCAUUUCUCGGGGAAAAAUUAGCCAGAGAAUGCUUUGAGUUUAAACUUGAGUAAUUAUAAUAACCAGCCAUAGGUUAUAGCAAAGCCAGCCAGAGAAAGAGUUACCACUUUAAAACUCUAAGGCCCCCAAGAACUAUGAAAUUGGGGAAAGUAUUUGCAGUGUAGUUGGGCUUGGAGACAGGCCAAGCAGAGGGCCACCAGUGUGACCUUCCAAGAAAGUGAGGGUGGAUGCCGAGGCAGACUUUCCUGUUCAGAUUUCCUACUGCUCAGCUAAAGAUGUCUGAAUACCCAGGAGAGAAAGGGAAGAAGGAGAGAAAGAACACUUAUUUCCACCAAAAAUGCAAAUCCUAUCCCCACUCUGGCUUUCAUAAGAGCUUGGGAUUAAGCAGGGUCUAGGCUUUGGUUGGGCCAGCGCAUGGCUGCAGCAUGGGUCCUGGCACAGUGUGCCCACAAAUGCCAGCUGAUACCUUCUUCACUGUGAGCAUUCCAGGGCCAGUGAACCUAGGUGGACAGCCCCGCCACGUGAAGGCCAGGAAGGAGGUGGUUCAGGGCCUUGAGCUAGCUCUCUGUGAUUUGGCAUGAGCUGGUAUUGCAGGAGCUGGUUCCACCAAGGUCUCACUGGCAAGACAGGGGUAUGGCAUCUGCAGGAAGGAAGGGGUGCCUGGAGGGCCUGGGACCAGGUUUUCACUUCCUCUACAUUGAUGAUAAUCAGUAAAAUGGACCAGGUUCCCAUCACACAUUUAUGUUUUUCAACUCUAGGAUGAGUUGUCAAUUUGAGUUUCUUAUGGCUUUGCCCAACUUUGCAGAGGUGAUUGACAGGCUUAGAAUAUGAAGGCUAGAAAGAGUUUGGUUUCAAGGGUGUCUCUUGGCUCCCGCAGACAGAUACCCCAAAACCAGCUGCUGAGUGGCAUUUCGAUGUCUCGGCCUUCACAGGGCUUAUCGCAGUUCUUUUCUACUCUGCCAGCAUUCUUGCCUGGCGUGCUUCUUUGUCAGGCCCAGAAAUGGUGACACCUCCUGCUAAGGGGAGAAAAUUGAACACUGAAGUAACCUCCUUCCUGGUGACACACAGGCCCGAGUCAGCCUUUCCUUGCGCAUCUUUCUGUGAGCACCCGGGUUUCUCUCAGCCAAGAGCUCACAUUUCUGAGCCGAGACAGGUCACACCCCAGCAGAGAGAGUGGCAGCUUUGACUGUGCUAGCGUGGUUGUACUUUUCAUACAAUAUCCAGUCUUAACAACAUGUAGGGAUCCACCCACCAAUGAGCCCCUGGUGGUGUCUCAGAAGCACACGGGGGAGAGGGGAGGCAAGCCCCCGUCUUAACAUUCUGUGUUGCCUUAGCUACUGAAGCCAAUCAGAAGACCAAAUAUGUGUAUCAUCACCACUCAGAGCAACUGGCAAGGAGAGCGGGUGGGACUCGGGCCCAGGAGUCUUCACAUAGACCAAAAUCUCCUCCAAAGACAAAAGCCUGGGCCUUGUCCAUGUUGAGGCUGCCUACCCUUUCUUCUUUUGGGUUGGAAGUACUUUUGGCUGUUCUAAGCAUUGGUCCACAACCACGUAACAGUAUAUAGUGCCUGGAAAUCACCGUUGCUCCAAAAUGCUGAGUAUUUUCAUGUAAUAUAGCAUCCCUGGUAUCGUUUCCCAAUACUCACACUUCUCCAUCACAUGGAGAUGCGUGUAUACAUGUGUAAAUAUGACUCUCUGCUGGUUAUGCUGAGAUACAAUCCAUUUCAAACUGGCCAUGUUCUGUAGGAAAAGCAUGGGUUCUCAGAGGGACUGCUUCCCAGUGGAAUGCCCUAGACCUGGGAAUGGGCUGUGCAAACCUUUUAAAUAUGUACAGUAUUGACUUGCCAUUCAUGACUUGAAAUGGCACAUUAGGGUGCUGACUAUGACGUUGCCUUGCAGACUAACAGGUUGAAGACCUAGAGCUAAGUUCUAUCCUAUAAUAUGGGCUGUGCCCCAGUGCAAACUAGUGCCUUUAGUGAGGGAGGCUUGGGUGACAAGAUACAUAGCCUCUACAGCUGAGGACUGUGGCAUGAGGUGGUUGGGAGAACACCUGCGUGCCGGCUCCCCCCUCAUGGGCUCUGACACACUUGGCAAGGUGUGUGAUGACAAGGGCUCGGGGCUGCACGCGGACCUCGCGGGGGGCUGGAUCACCCUUCACUGUCAUCCAUGACCCAAUGGCAGUGCUCUCUCUGUGUGCAAGCUGCCACCUUUCCUGGUACUCUGUAAAGGGUUUCUGUCUGGGCUGGCCCCAGUUCUCAUAUUUGGAAGAUGCCUCUGCAGACACCCAGGACCUUUGUACCUUGUAUUCUAUUCUGUAGUAGAGCACUUCCUUCAGCAAUGACCAUUUGUAUCGAUUGUUUUUGUUUUAACACACACUGCUUCAUAUUAAUAAAUGUUUUAAUUUUA